AUGGGCGGAAGUGUCUGUGCGGGCCGGGAGCAGCGGCAGCGGCCGGAGCCGGGUGAGGCGGCGGCGGAGCUCGGAGGCGGCUCCAGGGCAGCAUCUCGGGGACGGGACAGCCACCUCUGUGCUACCCACAGGAACCGGGAUGAGCCAGCGUUGCUCCUGCCGAAGCCGCAGCGGGAAGGAGACCGCGGGCAGCCGCUCCCGCAGCGCCCUCAGUCCAGGGGGAACACGGGCCGGACACGGACACCGAAUCCGUACGCGAGAUCUCAGCGGUGCCGUGGCGAGGCCUCGCCCGAUGCCAGGAACCCCCAAAGCCGCUCUGUCCCUGCCCCCGGCAGCCGCACAGGGGACAGAAAAUGGAACCGAGAGUUCCUGAGUGGGGAUAAGGACCGGGAGAGAUCCCUCAGCAAACUCCGGCACAGGCACAAUAGACCCAGCCUGGGCACGCACUUGUGGGGCCUUCUUUCCUCCUCCAUCCAGCCGUGGCUUGGGAAUGACAAAUCCUGGUUUGAGGGGAAAAACAAGGGCACAAAAGCUGCAUCAGCACCUCCUCUGGCUGCCUCUGCUUCCAAAGAGGAAGAAGGCAGCAGUGAGCUUCCUGCUGCUCUGGGGGACGAGGGUGAACACCCCGUGCUCUGGGAAUACAACAGCAAGGCUCCUGCAGUGUGGGACAAGGACAGUGGAGAUCUCCCGGUGUGGGAGGAGGAGGGUGGAUGUCCCCUGGCAUGGGACGAGCACAGCCGAGCUCCCACGGUGUGGGAUGAGGGUGACGGACAUCUCCCUGUGUGGGACGAGGACAGAGGACAUCCUGUGGCUUGGGAAGAGGAGGGUGAACAUCUCCCAGCAUGGGAUGGGGAUGGUGAACGUCCCGUGGCUUGGAAAGAUGAUGGGGAACCUGCAGCAUUUUGGGAAGAGGAUGGAGAAACUGCAGCAUUUUCAUUUUGGGAAGAGGAUAGGGAACCUGCCUCUGCUUGGGAAGAGGACACUGAACCUCCCUCCGCUGCAGGAUCCUGGGCUGAACAUUGUGACAGCAGCACAGCCCUGCAGCCAGAGAGGAGAGGGGAGUGGUGCCUGGUGCAGCUGAGUACGUCUGUUCUGUUCUUGGGGCUGCAUUCUGGGAACAUCGUGAGCGUGGGGAAGCCUGCUGAGAAAUACCUGGAACUGGAGCAGAUUGGCCAGGGGGCUUUUGGAGCUGUUUAUAAAGGACUCAACAGGGCCACGGGAGGAGAGGUGGCCAUAAAGAAAAUGAGUAUUAGAGACCAGAACUGGGAACGAGCUGUGAAUGAGAUCCUGGUCCUGAAAGGCAAGAAGAACCCCAACAUUGUCCACUCUUUGGACAGCUUCCUUGUUGAUGAAGAUCUCUGGCUGGUGAUGGAAUACAUGGAUGGAGGAACUUUGCAGGACAUUGUCAGGCAGACACGCAUGGCUGAAGGAGAGAUUGCAGCUGUGAGUCGGGAGUGUCUGCAGGGCCUGGAUUUCCUCCAUUCCAACCAGGUGAUCCACAGAGAUCUGAAGAGCUCAAACAUCCUCCUGGGAAUUGAUGGCUCUGUCAAGCUGGCUGAUUUUGGCCUCUGCGCUCAGCUCAGCCCUGGGCAGGACCAGCGCAGCUCCAUGGUGGGCACUGCUCACUGGAUGGCCCCAGAAGUUGUGACCAGGUCUCCUUAUGGCCCCAAGGUGGACAUCUGGUCCUUGGGCAUCGUGACCAUUGAGAUGGUGGAAGGAGAACCUCCUUACUUCAAGCAAACAGAGGCUAUGGCUCGCGCUCUGAUCCGGCAGAACGGGACCCCGCAGCUGCAGGAGCCCCGGCGCCUGUCGGCUCUGCUGCGGGACUUCCUCGAGUGCAGCCUGGAGCCGGACGAGGAGCGGCGCUUCUCUGCCCAGGAGCUGCUGCAGGGUGAGGAGGGAAGUGACAGAGAGAUCGUGGCCUCUCUCUGCAUCCCCUGCUCUGGCUCGGGCUCCUGCCGGGUCUCCAGGUGGCUCCCGGCUCCAUCCCGGACUAACUCUCAGCUCCCACCGCCCUCAGCUCCUGCUCACCCCGAGCUCCCGGCGGCUCAGGGCAGCAGCGGUUCCUUGGCCCGAUGCCCGGGCCGGGCCCAGCGCGGGAGCCGCUCCUCAGGAACUGGGACGAGCCAGCGCUGUUCCGGCAGCGGCUCCUGCCGAGGCCGCAGCGAGAAGGAGACCGCGGGCAGCCGCUCCCGCAGCGGCCUCAGCCCAGGGGGAACACGGGCCGAGCACGGCACAACGAACCCGCCAGAGCCCCCUGCUGCCCCCUCAGCCCGCAGCGAGCCCCGAGCCCCCGCAGAACCGAGCGCGGCUCCGACCUGUGCUGGGGCCGCCUCCGAGCUCCGCCGCCGCCUCGCCGCUGGUUCCCAGUAA